AUGGGCUCGGAAUCAGUAGACGGACGGUUACGGGAUAAGGCUGCACGGAUCGGACAGGCCUGCCUAAGAUGCCAAUCCAAAAAGAUCAAGUGCGAUGGCAAACAACCAUCAUGCACGCCUUGCACAACCCGUAGCCACGAUUGUCAGUAUCAGCAAGUGCAGAGGCGACGUGGCCCAGGCAGGAGUAAAAUGUACAUUCAAGCUCUCGAAGAGCGCCUCUCAAAGAUGGAAGCAGUUCUCAACCAAGCUGGCCUGCCCCGCCCAGAUGCGCCUCCCACGAGAGUAUCACCAUCAGAGACCGACGCAGCUUCGGUGUCUGUGGCACCAGCUCCUCCGGGUUUUCCCGGUACCGGUGGUGCACCAAGCCGGAUCGACUCAGCCAGAGUCGACAAUUCCUUUGAUCAAAUGUCGACAGACCAACCCAUGAUCGACGUAGCAGAGCCACAGCAAGCCGCGACUGCGGUAGAUCCCAGCGACUCAUCCGACCAUCCCACUCCCAAGGCACAUGCACCUCAACACAUCUUUGAGCCGCCGAGGCAGGUGGCUCAAAAGAUGCCCGUAUUUGCCGUGAUUGCAAGUCGAAUGAGGGAAAUCAAUUCGGCUUCGUACUGUUCCACAUUCAACAGACAGGUCUUUACUCCGCGUCUCGACAGAGAAGAGGCCAUCACAAUGCUGAUGCCUCUGUACGAUGACGUUAUUGGCAACUAUCCGCUUCUCAAUUUUCACUACUUCGUUCAUCUCUUCGAAACCCUGCCAGAAGCUGAGGACACAUUCAACAGCACUUCGGGCUGGGCUUACAUGAACACCGUAAUUGCGGAUGUUGAGGCCCGCAGCCGGGUUUUCUGGGCGGCAUACAUCUUGGAUAAAGAAAUGGGCCUGAACCACGGGCUGGACUCCAUCCAAGACGACGACGACAUUGAAACCGAACUGCCGAGUGGUCCCUUGGAAGGAGUCGAUAUUCUCAACUUGCGAGCCAAGCUGGCCAUGGUUGAAUCUUCAAUUAGAAGACGAUUGUACACAGCCAAGGGCCUUCGCCUGACGGAUGACGACGUAAUCAAGGCUAUCAUUGACCUUGACGCCCUGCUUGAGGAGUGGAGGACUAGUCUACCGAUAGACCUUCAGCCAGCAUAUGAUGUCCCGAAGACCGGUUCUGAUAUUGCACCUGACGUUUUAAACCUGCAUCUGGCGUUCUACCGAUGCGCGCUGAUGGUGCACUGGGCUGCGAGGAGGCACAGUCAGUUCAAGACCGUUGCUGUUCUUCUUGGAACACCAGCUGGGUUCGAGAUGCCCUACAUCCAGCUUUCGUUCUCCCAAAAGCGGUGUCGAACAGCUGCGCAUGCUACUUUGGGUCUCUUCAGAACCAUUUCCACACCGCAGUACUCUGAUCUAUGGACAGCACAGUAUGCUGUCGACGACGCCCAGAACACCAUGCGUGCGCAGAACAUGGUAACCAGUAAUGGCGCCAGUGUAUCAAUGAUACCCGGUUUCACUCUUAAUGGGGACGCGCAGGCUCUACAGUCUCUACUCGGAGCGGCAACUCACCCUAUGUAUCUGAUCCAGGGACUCAUGGGUAACCUACCAAACCGAGACCAGAGUCUUACUAUAAGACUGGCUCACCUGCUCGGCACUCCCUUCGAAGGGGGCAAGCCAGGUAGUCCGCUUGGAUCUCAGCCGCUGCAGCCUGAGACAUACGGCUUCGGCUUCGGCCAAGGGCAGGCCGGGAAUGACCCAACAGCAAAUUGGUCUUGA